AUGGGGCUCUACGAGGCUUGUAGAGCAUUCAUCCUUUGCGUUGCCACAUUCUUUUCCAUACCGCUCGGCCAACAUGACGACUCCCAGCAACCCAUCUUCUCCUUUGACCACAACCUUCCUGACUACCCCAAGUUCCCUGCACCUCAUGGCCCAGAUACGGUCAAGAAUUUCACUUGCAGGUAUCCAGAGCUUGAAAAUGACUGGGUGUCAUGCGCGAGUGAGACCAACCGAAAAUGCUGGCUCAGAAAUAAACACACUCAGAAAGAAUUCAACAUCACGACAAACUAUGAGAUAGAUGCCCCACCAGGGGUCUUGAGAGAAUACUGGCUCGUGGUUGAUAACAUGACUAUUAACGGAGACGGCGUACUCAACCCUGAAGGCAAGGUCUUCAACCAAACCUACCCUGGCCCUUGGAUCCAGGCAUGCUGGGGAGAUACGAUCAGAGUUCACGUCACGAACAAGCUCAAGUACAACGGCACCACUAUCCACUGGCACGGUCUUAGACAAUUUGAGACGAUGGAGAUGGAUGGCGUCAAUGGUGUCACGCAGUGCCCAAUCGCCCCAAACGACACCUUCACCUACGAGUUCAAGGCUCUCCAGUACGGAACCUCCUGGUACCAUAGCCAUUACUCUCUGCAGUACGCCGACGGCCUGGCGGGGCCUAUAACCAUCUUCGGGCCAUCAUCAGCCGACUACGACGAGGCCAAAGACCCGAUCCUGAUCACAGACUGGAACCAUCGAAGUGCAUUCCAAGAUUGGGAGCGAGAACUGACGCGGAUCCCUACCUUCCCCAGGAUGAACAGUAUCCUGAUCAAUGGAGUUGUCGUAGGAAACUUUGCUGGCAGCUUCCCACGUGAGCGGUUCAACAUGACUGUGACCCAGGGCAAGAAAUAUCUUUUGCGUGUCAUCAACACAUCCGUCGACACAACCUUUGUCUUUAGCAUUGACAACCACUUGUUCGAGGUUAUGAGUUCUGACUUUGUCCCCAUCAAACCCUAUAAAGUGUCCAAUGUCCUCAUUGGCAUCGGUCAAAGAUACCACAUCGUUCUCCAUGCUAACCCAAUCAACAACAUCACCUAUCCCAAGUCGGAAGAUGGAAACUAUUGGAUCCGCACAGUUCCCGCAGAUGGAUGCAAGGGUUUCGAGGUUGGAAAUGAGCCCGACGAGCGUCAGGGCAUCCUUCGGUACAACGCCAGCAGCACGAGUGUGCCUACUACUUGGAGAGACCCAUACAGUUUGGCCUGCCGUGAUGAGGACUACGACAAGCUGGUACCCAUUCACAAGUGGAACAUUACACAGGUUAACUUGACCAACUGGUCCCAGAACUUCGACAUUGGGUUGGAAAAGGUUGAGAAUAGACCUGCUCUUGGAAACAACUUUAGUUGGUGGUCCUUUGGGGACAACCCUUUGUGGGUAGACUUUUCCAAGCCGACCAUUACUGGGCUCAACAGGACGGAUCCGUGGCCCAAAGACUACGUCGUAGUGCCCGCCGAAAACAAAGAUGGAUGGGUCUACCUCGUUAUCACGGCCCCCAACACCACUGUUGCUGGAAAAAAAAAGAUCUUUGCACCUGUUGCACAUCCUCUGCAUCUCCACGGCCACGACUUUGCUCUCCUCGCUCAAGGCAAUGAUUCCACACGCCUUGGUAAGGGUGAAGUGACACUCAAGUUUGAUAACCCCCCACGACGAGAUGUUGCAUUGAUCCCGUCUGGGGGUUACCUCGUUGUCGCUUUCAAGGCUGACAACCCCGGCUCCUGGCUGUUCCACUGUCACAUUGCCUGGCAUGCUUCAAGUGGUUUGGCGUUGCAGAUUAUGGAGCGGGAGGAAGACUUGAAAAAGUUGAUGACCGAGAAGAGACUGCGAGAAACAAGGAGGAUUUGCGAGAACUGGGACCUGUGGUAUUCUAACCCCAAGAACCAUUGGAACGCCAGCGGUCCAUUCCAGGAUGAUUCUGGUGUCUGA